AUGAGAAAGGCUCGGCCAGCUCUCACUUCCACUCCCGCACCCCCUCCCGUCACUUCUAUCGGCGCCCAGGACAUGGCCAACAUCGCUACUCCAUCCUUUUCCCCACUUACCUUUGCUCCGAGUGUCAACAACCAAGCGCCUGUCAAAGGUAAAGGAAAGAAGAAAAAGGCAAAGGCGACCCCCCCUCCUGUUUCCGUUCCGGCGUCUUUUAUCACGUCACUCCCAGCAAAGCCAAAGCCGACCACUCUGUUUCCAAAGAUCUCAGGCGACCUCAAGGGAAUUGAGAGCCGGUACCGAAUGGACAACAAGGACCAGCGCCAGUUCAAAGCUUCCAACGGUGCAGCAAGAGCCCUGAAGAAAGGUGCAAAGACGGUGAUCAACUUCGUUGGAACAGUGAAGCUCGACGGCACUCAUGCCGACAUUGUCGUCUCGGGCGAUAACAGAAUCCGCCUACAGUCCAAGACCCGAGGUGCCCUCGACCAGACGGCGCAGGGCGAUAAUUAUGGCUUCGCCAAAGCCAUGUUCCAGCAAGAGACGGCCAUCCUUGCAAUGAAGGAUAAGAUUGUCCAGCAAUGGUUGGAGCUUCACAAGGGCCAGAGCCUGAGCUCAUUGCCUGAAGUAGUGAUCGCUGGGGAGUGGAUUGGACCAGGGAUCAUGGCGGGUAGUUUGUUGGAGAAGUUGGACAGCAACCUGUUCGUCGUACAUGCCAUCGCCGUGAACGGUGUCUGGGUGGAAGACAAGCUCUACGAGCACAUUGAGGAGCCUGAAGCUGGCAUUCUCAACGUCGCCCGAGGUGGCUGCUUCCACGAGAAACUAGACGUGACCGAUGUCGAGUCCUGCCUCCAAGCAAUGAUGGAAAAGACAAUGGAGGUAGUCAAGCAAUGUCCAUUUGCCGCGACUUUCGGCAUCGUGGGCCGGGGGGAGGGUAUCGUCUGGAAGGCGGCCCACCCCCUGGGACAAGAUCCGCGUUUCUGGGUGAAGACCAAGCCGGCCGAGAGCUCUGCUACCAAUCAAGAUGCUCUACCCAACCCGCACACGAUGGAAGACCAGGUUGAGCGUACCCGGGAGUUUGCACUGGCUACCGUGACCCAAGCUCGGCUCGAGCAAGGUUGGAGUUUGCUGCCGCGAGAGAUGCAGACUCCCAACACGAACAAGGCCACGGGCGAGUUCCUGAGCUGGGUGAAGGACGAUAUCUUUGCUGAGGAGGCAGGCAGGAUGGAGGAGUGCAAGGUGGACAAGGAAUACCUUUUGAAGUGCAUCUGCUGGGUCGCGGGGGAUUGGUAUGGGAAGAAGCUCGAGGCUGAGAAAAGCGAUCGACAUACUAACUACCGCGUCCCGAUCAAAAUCGAUAAUCGCCUCGCCUAUCGUGAUACCAGCUCCAAGGUCCGAAUAGGGAAAAGAACGCACAUUGCAGCUCGCAUUGCCUUUCCUGGCCUUACCUCGAUUCUCAAUCCUCGACCUUUCUGGAUUCUCGAUUCUCGGACCCCGCCCAUCCUGACAACGCCCGCCAUCCAUCCACCCAGGCGCACGAAGAUUUCCUGGGCAGCCCAAGACAGCCCCGGCUUCUCCGCCCCGGAUCUCAGCUGGGGACCGUACAAUGGACGGCCGCUUAUGCGAGAAGAUGCAGUCAAGAGCGGCAAGCUACAGUAG